GCUUCCCGGCACGGGGCUCCGCUGCGCCAUGGCCGCCCCGCGCGCCCUCCUGCUCCUCUCCCUGCUCCUCGCCGCGCCGCAGGGACGGGGACAGCGGCCGCCCCCUCCCCACAACCCUCUUGAGAAAGUGGUGACCGAGGGGAACCUCAGCCUCGGCGAGCUGGUGGGGAGGUGGUUCCUGGUCGGCGUGGCGUCCCGCUGCAGCUACCUGGCAGAGAACAGCCACCGGCUGGAGGCCACGGCAAUGACAGUGGCUGUCCCGGAUGGGCAGAGCCUGGCCAUCAGCACCUUCAGGAAGCUGGAUGGGCAGUGCUGGGAGAUCAGGCAGCGCUACGUCCCUGAAGGAGCCCACAGGCGCUUCUCCGUGAGAGGCCGUGGCUACAACAGCAAGAUGGAGGUGGUGGUGGGAGAGGCGGACCCCCGCAGCUAUGCCAUCAUCUACUACCAGGACAGCCAAGGCCUCUCUGCCAAGCUCUACGGCCGCAGCAGCCAGCUCAGCAAUGCCAUAGUGGACAAGUUUGAGCAGCGUGCCAGGGCUGUGGGCCUGAGUGAGGAUGUGACCCACUACUUCCCCACAUAUGGGUUCUGCGACUCUGCCGACGAUUUCCACAUCCUCGAUGAAACGGAGCUGUAGAUGGAGGCAGUAUUUCCAGGAUGUGCCCAGCGCACCUCGUGCAGCUGCCCAUGGACAAGACCACACAGGGAUGAGCUGGGGCCUGGCCAGACCGUGCUACUGCUCUGCUGUGCUGGAGCACACCCUGGGCUCCCCUGUUCCUCCAGGCUGGCUGUGUCACCCCAUGGCUUCAUGCCCUUUGCCCCACGUCCUGUAGCAACCAGCAGCAUCCCAAUAAACAUGAGGAAAAGCUCUGUGUCUAGGCAA